AGCACGGAAAGCUGAACAUAUCUCUAUAAAUUACCUGUUUUAUAUAAAUAGCAAUAAUGGACAUGCACAUAUUUUGUCGACAAUUAAUGAUAAGGCAACACUUUAAAUCUAUUUUAAGCAUUAGCUGCAUUUCACCUCAGGUAGUGCAUUUUACACCAGUGCAUGCCUGUAUUUGCUUUAUUAUUUAACGUAGACGGAAGACUAUAAAGUGUUAUGCUAAAAUGUCAGCAUUAACCAACGAGGACAUUGCGUAUACGCCUGUAAUAAACAUGGAAGAUGCAACGGACAUGAAACGUGGGAUUUUGAAUCGCCAUCAACUAGCUUUGUGCAUUGUUUUGGUGAUAAAUAUUGUCAUACAAUUCAUUGCAAUUGUUACACCUGGGUGGAGUAUCUUAACGACAAAUACCUUAUCUGCAUAUGAAUCAGUGUAUUACGCGACCGCGUGUGUAAAAUAUGCGACUGCAAACGAGUCUGACUGGGAAUGUAAAACUAGAUCGUUCCAUGAUACGUUUCAUCAUGACUACAAUGACGCUACAGAUGGACGGAAACCAGCUCUAGUGCUACAGAAUAAUUUGCGGGUACGUUAUCAGAUGAACGUACAGAUCAGCUGGAUUAUAGUUGCUGUCACAACACUUUUGCAAUAUGUACGACAUACCAGGACUAAAGAAUUGUUUCCAAAGCUCACAGUCAUAAGUACAUUGUUCCUCAUGAUAGCAUGUGGUUUCAUGUACCAGGCUUUGUAUGAAGCAUUUGCAAGUAUUGACUUUUCAAGACGUAGAAGUGAAUACUAUGGAGAGGUUGGAUUCCCAUACAGUGUAUUACUUUAUUCUAUUUCUUUUGUACUGACUUGUGCUAGUACCUUUCUGAUUGUGAAACAAACUUUGGACUAUAUGCGUUAUGUUCAACAAAGUUUGGAUGAGUACCAGACCAAAUACGAUUCACUAAAGAAAUAUUGCGUUGCAGAAGUUGAAAAGUUUAGUCAUUAUAGAGACACGCAUCCUGACAUCACUCCUUCACAUGUACAUAAUGGAGAGUCAAACAAUGAAGACAGACAUUCCUACAGCCACCCCUCUCCAAGGAACCCCGAAAGACCGUCUCCAAGAACGUCCCAACGGCUGUCCCCGCGGCAGACUGACAACAUCGCACAGUCCAGGUAUUUAGAACUUCUUGAACGGGCACGGGCUGAAGAAGAUGAACACGUAGCGAGUAUAGAUGUAGAGAAAUGAUAAAGAUGUAGAGAAAAACAAACGAUAUCAAUGUCCAAGGAGUGAAGUUAUACACUUAUAUAUACUAAUUUACACUGUCAUCGUGUUGAACAUGUUUAAGGUAUAUAUAUAUUGUUGCAACGGGAAGAGUCUGCUCUUGGAUUGUACAUUCUGGUACUGAGAAUCAAAUAUUGCUGCACUGAGUACAUACGUUUUUGCUUUUCAUAUAAUUAUACUAGUGUUGUAUCCAGGAUGUAAAAUGAGCAUGGGGCAGUGGAAAAGGGGCAUGGGGCUAGGGGGGUCCGGGGGCAUGCUCCCCCUGAAGAUUUUGAAAUCAUGCGCGUCAUUUCGCGCAAUUUGGAGGCAUUCUGUGUGUAUUUGUGUGAUGAUGUGCCAUUGUAUUUCCCUCAAACAUUGCUUAGUUUUGCAUGUAUUAUAUUAAAACAUAUUUUUGAAAACAUCUGCUUAUGUCUUUCUUACCACAGGCAGUUGACUAAGUUGUCCUUGGAAUCUCAGUGAGAUUAAUGGUUCUCACAUGCAAACAUAACAUUCCUCAAAUUGCGUAUUCUUGCGAUAUCUUAUAACUCUUUACCCAGUUUCUGUUUUAAACCACAGUGAAUGAAAUAUUAAACAAUA